UUUACUUUCCGUACAGUCAAAAGUAGGUCACCAUGAUGUUGAAGAACAAGUGUACAAGCUUCAAUGUGUGUUCUUCACCUAGAAUACGUUUGUCUGUCCCCAAUCUCCCCUUUGAGCCAUGGCAGCAUCCCCGAUGAACAACACUGAACCAACUCCUGAUCUUCAACUAGCUAUUGUUGAAUGGAAACCCCCCAAUUUACCGGAACCCUUUGUCACUAUCGCUCAGCUUCCACCCUCAAAAACAUCUCCUCUUGCUCCGUUAACACCUUCAUCUGAACUUUCGGGUAUACGCAAACGCAAACGGCUGAAGCCUGAGAAACUCGAGUUUUCUUCAAUCUAUGUGGAGAAGAAACGUUCGUCUUCAAAAGAUAAGGCGGUACAUGAUCCUUCAAGAAGGCGUUUGCGUUUGGGAAAGGAAAAUGCAACGAAAGGCUGUAAGGCUCCGGUCAAAAUCUCACAAGCUAUGAUUCGAGCAAGGGAGGUUCAAUCAACCCUUGGAAAUGAGCACCCUACCUUUAUAAAAACAAUGCUUGGAUCACAUGUUACUCGUUGUUUUUGGAUGGGCCUUCCAUUUCGUUUUGGCAGAUCGUUUUUACCGAAGCAAGACUCUUUGAUGGUAAUCGAAGAUGAAAAUGGGGAGCAGUCAAAUUGCAAGCUCAUUGCAUAUAGGUAUGGGCUUAGUGCAGGUUGGAGAGAGUUUGCAGUUAGACAUAAGUUGCGUGAAGGGGAUGUUUUGAUCUUCCAGUUAGUUGAAUCCUGCAAAUUUAAGGUUUACAUUGUAAGGGCAAAUGAUUUAAAAGAAGUCGAUGGUGCUGUUAGUGAUAUAACCCACAAUGCACAUGAAGAACACAUGACUACAGCCACGAUUAACAGGUAUACUAAAUCAAAAGGAAGAAAGUGUUCAAGUCCGAGUUCUCUUCCCUUAACCAAGGUUAAAAAGCAGCACAAAAGAUCUAAACCACCUACUCAGCCCGUCAGCCACAAUAUGGACCAUUCCGCAGCUGACUCACAAGUUCAAGAAGGUUCCCCUAAACCAAAUCUUUCACUAAAAGAACUCAAAACCUUCAAAGACUUUCACAUCAUGGUCGACAAACAAUGCAUUGACUCAGAGCUUUCCGAAGAAAUCCGUAUAAAUUACUUCAAGCUCUGCAUUGGAAGAAAUGAAAUCCUUCACGCCGGUGUUCGUGAAGGCCUGUUCUACAAGUUAGUGGCGGGUGUGAUUGGUGAAACCGUAAACAUUGCAAAUAUGAUAAGAAACUGCAAGCUCACCACAAGGAAGGAAGAAUUCGAUGUAUGGGAUAGUUCCUUGAAAUCUUUUGAACUCAUAGGAAUGAAAGUUGGAUUUUUACGUGAUAGGAUACGAGUACUCGCAAACCUUGCAUUUGAAUCUGAAGAUGCAAAAAGAUAUGUGGAGGCGAAAGAGGAACGAAGCCGGAACGCAAAUGAGAUUAAGGUUUUGUUGGCAAAGCUGGUGAAAUUAUAUGAAAGUAAUAAAAAAAUUAACGGGGUUGUGGAUGGUUUGAAAGAGAAAGCUGAGAGGUAUGAGAUUGAGUUUCAGAAAAAGGUUGAUGCACCAUGGUAGAAGCUAUGGUGGUCAUGUAAAUAUGUUGGUGUUGUGUGAAUCAUGUAGGUCUUAAACUUUUGUAACAAUAACCAGACAUUUGGUCUAUCUCGGGGUGUGUUGUUCGGGUCAUUUAAUUGGAUUUUGGAUUAGUUGUUUU